AACCUGCUAUAUUCCGUAUCCGUGUUCUUUGAUAAGUGAUUUUCUGCCGCCCACGUAUCUAAUUCCGCUACAGUUUUGAUAGAAUACAUCUUAUUUCUAUCCAUCAUCUGCUCUUGACUAGCACUGUAAAGUAACUCUCGAUUGUACAGUUUCGUCUGCUACGGUAUACAGCUGUCAGUGCUCAGUCUCCGCCGUCUAGCCCUCUUGCUGAUCAGCCAAGCGUACAAAAACCAACAAAGCCAAACAAAUGUAUUGAAUGCGAUAAGGUCUUUAAACAAAAAUGUCAUCUAAUGCGCCAUAAUCGAACAUUUCAUGGAGACUCGCAACAGUAUUCCUGUUCACACUGUGAGACACUAUUUAACCGUAAAGAUAACUUCAACAGACAUCUUAAAACGCAUAAGGAAAAUAAGGAAAAUUCACCUCCAAAUAAGAAAAGAAAGGGUGAUGGAAUCAGCGAGUCUAUUAAUGCGAAACAACCAAAGAAACAAGCGAUUGAUAGAGAGGUUCUACAAGUGUUUUGAACACAGUAAAGUGCAAUUGGUGUUCACGACUGAAGAAUUUACUCCCGGGAAAGAAAUGUUGUGACAUUUGUGGAGAUCUGGGGAGGGAGUGUAACUGGUGCCAUCGGCCACCCCCGGAAAGGUUUUAUGGAAGGAGGACUGAUGUUUGUGAAAUAUGCCUUACACGACGAGAAGCCUGGGUGGACCGACAUCAACGAGGGGCUGGUAUGGACGCACCUUAAGGAACGGCUCAGACGGAGACAUUGGAUCCAAACCCAGGAAAUCUUUGGGAUGUUCUACAAUUUUUUAGUGACAAUCAAACAACAAUCAAAGACAUUUUAGAAGAAAGAUCGAAAAACAUAAAAGGAGUAUACAGUGCCCAUUACGACUUCAAUGUGACGGAAAACAUGCCAGCAGGGACCUACAUCGGCAAGGUGGAUGGGGUAACCUCUAGUCCGAAUGGUACAUUACCAGUUAUACAUCUAUCGCCGCCUGUGCCCUUCACAGUGGAGUUACACCAGGGCGCAGUUUAUACCUUUUUCGGACUGGACAGGGAGGCUAAAUCGAUCUAUAAUUUUGAUGUUUUGGUGUCCGACAAUGGAGUCGAUUCUUUACUUGCCAACGUAACUGUUCACGUUUUGGACGUUAACGACAACUCUCCUGUUUUUACACGUCAGAUGUAUAACGUUUCCAUGAAAGUCGACACGCCUGUAUCGACUGUCAUUUUGAUGUUACGAGCAACUGAUGUGGACCUUCGGAACCAACUAGUGUACAGUAUAGUAUCUCACCCCUCACCUUUCGCCAUCGACUCCACGACGGGGACUCUAUCUGUGGAACAAGCCCUAGACAAGCCAGGUUACGCUGUUCGAGUUCAAGUCAGUGAUGGUAUAUUUAAUACUCAGGCCUGGGUUUAUAUCACCGCCAUUUUUCCUGAUGAGGUUGUAGGAUGACAUUGACAGGUUUUGUUUCAAAACCAUCGUUUUGUUAUGAUACAUGUACAUGAUAUUAAAAAAAAAAUCGAAAAUGAUUUUUGCAUAUACCAUUACUCUGAAUAAAUUUUUUGCACGUUUGAAA